CUUAGGAGUGAUAUAAAGACGAAUUUGUACAAGGUAUCUUUCCCUGGCUAUAAAAACUUGAUUACCCAGUCUUGCCCGUCCACAGGACAAGAAACCAUUUACAACUUCGUAAAGAGGAUAUUUCAGAUGCCAGGAAAUAGACGUCGCGAACCUAAUUUGGAAAAAAUGGUCUUUUGUAAUGCAAACGGUGAGUGUCUCAAUGUUGGUCGGCCGGUUGGAUUACUGUCCACCGAGGAAACCUCUAAAUGCUACUUGAAAAGCAAAUAUCUCGUAUUUGAUCCAAGUGGCUUGAGUCGCCAGUAUGCUGUUGAAAACUACAGUAGUGACUGGAAGUUAAGUUACUUCCAAGUGUUAUGUUCAGGGGGAAAGAUUGCUCCUGGCGUCAGUGAUUUCACAAAAAUCAAUAUUACCAAGAUGACGGUUGACUUCUUCAAUGAUGAGACAAUUUUUGAAGCCUUGGUAAGGGACAACAGAUUCAAAGAAGAAAAACUUCGAAGUUGUGGCGUAACUUUUAACCAAACACGAAUACCUCUAUCAGCGAAGGCUGUUCACAUCAAGUGCAAGGCCAUAGAGAUUGUUUUUCUAAAUGAGAAAGAUAGUAAAUUGCCCAAAGCAGUCUCACCCAGGCCUCACCCAAAGUCUUCUGUGACCGCUACAAGUACUAAACCAAAGCUGAUAAAGCAAGAAAAUGCUCCAGCUACAUGUUCAGCAUUGCCAGGAGAUUCGAGUACUCCAGUGUCAGCAAGACCAGCUCCUAAGACGAGAGAUAAGUCUGCCCCGUUGGUUGAGAUUACGUUUGACAUCAAAUUUAAAACACUCACUGUUGGAAAAAAUUCAAGGGAAAUAAUCAAGCGGCGCAUAUCAGAAAACUUUGCGCUAAAGCAAGGGUACAGGUGCUAUGUUUCCGAACAUGAGGACCUCAUUAAAAUAGCUCAAUCAGUUGGGGCUAUUUUCGUACUGGAUCGUCCUAGUCACCCUCGUUUUGUUGGCACCUGUUUCAGGAUUGGUAAGGAAUACAUUAUUACCAAUAAACAUGUCGAGGAGGAAAUUCCAAAAAUGGCAAAAGACCUCGUUUAUGUUAAUUUCAACUUUACGAAACCAUGUCAGGUGGAUUCAAAGCGAAGUUUCAUAGACGAUUUGGUGAUGUCUUCUACGGAGCUGGAUUAUGCAAUAUUUAGAAUGAAGAAACCUCAUGAGCAGUUGCCGCCGUCUAUUUUUUCACAUGGUGUCAGUAUAAUGAAUCCGGCGAGCCCAGAGAGCAACUGGUACGUGCUGGCUGACAAGCCCCUCAGACUCAUCGGCCAUCCAGAAGGCGAGCCAAAACAGAUAGACCUGAUGUGUACUAUAAAUGCACGUCCUCAGAGUGGCCUUGAGUGUUGGUGUUAUACUUUGCGAAGGGGAGAGGUGUGUGAGGGUGAAGCAGUAACAGAUUACCAUCAAGGCAAGGACCGCCGAAGAAGAACUUACCACACCAGCAACUUUUUUAGCGGAUCGUCCGGCUCUCCAGGCAUCGUACUUCUAACUGAAAAAAAAUGGUUGGUAGUUCUUCACACCAGAGGGUUUAAGAAUGACGAGGACAAAUUUUUUAUCGAACAGGGUGUGCUUCUCACAGAAAUAUUCAAAGAUGUCCAAAAAAAAAUCAACGAAGCUCAGCAAGGCCCACUUAAGGAUAUCAGUGUGGAGGACUUGUUUCCUUUAGUAGAU